UACAGCCCCACGUGCCCCUCCACGGAGCGCAACACGCCGAUUGACGCCAUACGUAAUGACGGCUGUUGUCGCUUUGCCUCAGUUCUCCGUGUCUUCCGAUCUUUUCUCUUCUCCUUCUUAUUCUUCCUUGUUUCUUCCAUUGCACUGUCCUCAUAGCUUAUAACUCCCUCACUUCUUCCUUAAAAUAACACCGUCAUCAUGCCUGGUUUCUCGCAGGCCACCGAGCUUCCCGCCUGGAAGACCCUCCAGGACCACCACAACUCGCUGGGUCGCAACAUUGUUCUCAAGGACUACUUCGAGAAGGACCCUCAGCGCUUCGAGAAGUUCAGCCGCACUUUCAACAACACCGUCGACAACUCGGAGAUCCUCUUCGACUUCUCCAAGAACUUCUUGACUGAGGAGACCCUUUCGCUUCUGGUCAAGCUGGCCAAGGAGGCCAACGUUGAGCAGCUGCGUGAUGACAUGUUCAAGGGCGAGCACAUCAACUUCACCGAGGACCGUGCUGUCUACCACGCUGCUCUCCGCAAUGUCACCAAUGAGCCCAUGCAAGUCGAUGGCCAGAGCGUCGUUGAGGACGUCAACUCGGUCCUCGAGCACAUGAAGGAGUUCUCUGAGCAGGUGAGAAGCGGCGAGUGGAAGGGUUACUCUGGCAAGAAGAUUGACACCAUCAUCAACAUUGGUAUCGGUGGUUCCGAUCUCGGUCCCGUUAUGGUCACUGAGGCCCUCAAGCCUUACGGUGACCCCAACAUGAAGCUACACUUUGUCUCCAACAUUGACGGCACCCAUAUUGCUGAAGCCCUCAAGAACUCGAACCCCGAGACCACCCUCUUCUUGAUCGCCUCCAAGACCUUCACCACCGCCGAGACUACCACCAACGCCAACUCCGCCAAGAAGUGGUUCCUCGAAACCGCCAAGGAUGAGUCUUACAUCGCUAAGCACUUCGUCGCUCUCUCGACCAACGAGACCGAAGUCACCAAGUUCGGCAUUGACAGCAAGAACAUGUUCGGUUUCGAGUCGUGGGUGGGUGGCCGUUACUCCGUCUGGAGUGCCAUUGGUCUCUCCGUCGCUCUCUACAUCGGUUACGACAACUUCCACCAGUUCCUGGCCGGUGCCAACGCCAUGGACAAGCACUUCCGUGAGACUCCCUUGGAGCAGAACAUCCCCGUCCUUGGUGGUCUGCUGAGCGUCUGGUACAGCGACUUCUUCGGUGCCCAGACUCACCUUGUUGCUCCUUUCGACCAGUACCUCCACCGCUUCCCCGCCUACCUCCAGCAGCUCUCCAUGGAAAGCAACGGCAAGGCCAUUACGCGCGCCGGCGAGUACGUCAAGUACACCACCGGCCCCAUCCUCUUCGGCGAACCGGCCACCAACGCCCAGCACAGCUUCUUCCAGCUGCUGCACCAGGGUACCAAGCUCAUUCCCUCGGACUUCAUCAUGGCCGCCGAGUCGCACAACCCCGUCGAGAACGGCAAGCACCAGCGCAUGCUGGCCUCCAACUUCCUUGCUCAGUCUGAGGCCCUGAUGGUCGGUAAGACCCCCGAGCAGGUCAAGGCCGAAAACGCUCCCGAGGGCCUGGUGCCCCACAAGACCUUCCUUGGAAACCGUCCCACCACCUCCAUCCUCGCCCAGAAGAUCACCCCCUCCACCCUGGGUGCCCUGAUCGCCUACUACGAGCACCUCACCUUCACCGAGGGCGCCGUCUGGAACAUCAACUCCUUCGACCAGUGGGGUGUCGAGCUGGGCAAGGUCCUGGCCAAGAACAUCCAGAAGGAGUUGGAGACUGAUGGUGCCGGUGCUGAGCACGACGCUUCGACCAGCGGACUGCUGCUUGCUUUCAAGAAGAAGGCCAACCUGGCAUAAAAUGGUUAAUAAUAAUAAAAAAGCAAGGAAUCUGCAAUUCACAAAGCAUGUAUUUAUGAUGAGGAACGAUUGACAUUUUUAAAUAUGUUCUCAAUUUUCUCGUUCUUAGACAGCGAAAAAUGAAGAGUAAUAUGUUCAAC